ACAAGAGAGAAAAUCCUCGCAAAAAGGAAAAGAGUAAGAAAGGAAGAAAAAGAAAAGAAAAACACAAGGCGGACAGCCGGAGGAAGUUUGAGGGGCCCACCGUGCAGCGAGCCGUACGCCAGAAGGGUCCAACCUCCGGGACUCGCGGAAAGCUAAAGAGGUGGCCCCACCCGCGGAAACCAACAGACGGCAGGCAGCCGCCCGAUCAUCAUCCAGCGCCUCACUUGCUCCAUCGCAUCCCACGGCGCAUCUCCGGCGAGCCGGAAAGUCAUUUUCGAAUCGGAUAAGGACCCCACUGGCCGCAGCCACCGUGACACGCCGGCGCCGCCUCCUCCGCCACGAACAAGCAGCAGGCGGCCAGGCGCCAAAAAAUAAACCCCUCUUCCUUCCUCUGCCCCUCGUCGUCUCUGCCGUCUCGUCUCCGCCGUUUGUAUUGGACUUCUCGCCUCGCCUAACCGGAGACGUCACCGGGAAGUACCAAACUGCUCCUCCCGCCGGCCUGUCCACCCUCUAUAAAUACCGGGACGACGCCUUCCUCUAGAAGAUUCUGCCGCCACCGCCAAGGAUUCCCCAGCCCACCCAUUUCGCCGUCGCCAUCGGACUCUCUCUCUCUCUCUCUCUCGCCGCCGCUGCCCCCUCCGUUCCUAGACCCUAGCCAGUGGACGUCGCUAUGGACGCUCCGUAGCGGCAGCUCGGCGCCGCGGGAGAUGGAUGAGGAUGACCUGGAGGAGGGCGUGGGCGAGAGCUCGUGGCCGCACGGGGCCGCCGCCGCCGCCCGAGAACGAUCGGGCGGCGGCGGGCACGGGUUCACCGACGUCUGGAAGGAGAUCUACAACCGCCUCAAGGAGAUUGGUAACGAGGAGGCCAUCUCCGACCCGACCUUCCCCGAACAUCUCGAACGUCACUUCGAGCGGCUGCCGGCGAGCUAUUCCAUCGAUGUAGACGUCAACAAGGCGGAGGACGUGCUGCUGCACCGGAGGAUUCUCGAUGAGUGCGCCGACCCUGGCAAGCGACCGGUCUUCCAUGUCCGUUUCUUGAGGUGCAUCCAGGGUUCGGCGGAUUCACAAGACAAGCCACAAGGCUCGUCUCCGAGGGAAAACAGUAAUGGCGGGGGCUCUCCCAAAUUGAGAGCUGGUGAAUUCAGAGGAUUUGAGCCAUACCAAAGGAUGAUGGAAGACCUGAGUUUAGAGAGAAGAAAAGGUGUGGAUGACUCUGAGGCCAGUUCUGCAAGGAGAGAUGGAGAAAUCCUCCGUCUUCAUGAAGUUAUUUUUUCUACCAUCGACAAGCCAAAGCUCCUUAGUCAGCUAUCCGCAUUGCUGUCUGAACUUGGAUUGAAUAUUCGUGAAGCCCAUGUUUUCUCAACAACAGAUGGCUUUUGUUUGGACGUCUUUGUUGUUGAUGGCUGGGAUACAGAGGAGACAGAUGGUUUGUUACAAAGUCUUAAGGAGACAGCAGCACGUAAUCAUGCUUCCUUGUCUAAUCCAACGAACUCUGCAGCUUCGGAGAGAAUCCUUGAGCUGCAAGAGAAGAUUGGAGAUUCGGAUUUCGACAGGAGUUUAUUGCAAAUUAAGGAGAAGAUUGCAUCUGGGUCUUCAGGCGACUUAUAUCAAGGAACUUAUCAUGGUGUGGAUGUUGCAAUAAAGUUCCUUAGAACCGAGCAUGUUAAAGAUUCUUCAAAAGUAGAGUUUUUGCAAGAAAUAAUGAUACUAAGGAGUGUUAAUCAUGAACAUGUUGUUCGAUUUUACGGAGCAUGCACAAAACAGAGAAAAUAUCUCAUUGUAACAGAAUAUAUGCCUGGAGGUAAUCUUUAUGACUUUCUUCACAAGCAAAACAACACAUUGGUGCUCCCUGUGAUUCUUAGGAUUGCUAUUGGUAUCUCAAAGGGGAUGGAUUAUUUGCACCAGAAUAACAUCAUCCAUAGAGACUUGAAGACUGCCAAUUUGCUAAUUGGUUCUGAUCAAAUUGCAGAUUUUGGUGUCUCGAGGCACCCAGCUCAAGAGGGAGAGAUGACAGCUGAAACUGGUACCUAUAGGUGGAUGGCACCUGAGGUAAUAAACCAUAGUCCUUAUAAUCAUAAGGCAGAUGUCUUCAGCUUUGCUAUUGUUCUAUGGGAAUUGGCCACUUCAAAGAUCCCAUAUGAAGAUCUGACACCACUGCAAGCUGCAUUAGGAGUAAGGCAGGGAAUGCGCUUGGAGAUCCCCUCUUGGGUGCAUCCGAGAUUGUCUAAAUUGAUUCAGCAGUGUUGGGAUGCAAAUCCUCACUUGCGACCCUCUUUCUCGGAGAUUACCAUAGAACUGGAACAUAUCUUACGGCAUGUUCAGGCCUCCAAUGGAGCUCAUCGACACUCAAAAGCAAAGAUACAAAAGAAAUCACAGCGAUAGACUUCCAAGGUUCCUUAUAACGUUUGUCAAACAGCUUAGAGCUUUUCAUCCAGAUUAUGAGGCUACGGUUGGUUGCUAGGAUGCUACUGUAGAAUGUUGUGUGUGUGGGGGGGGGGGGGUGCGGGGUGCGCUUGCAUGUAUGUAGACAUGCCCCAAUUGGUAUGUAUUAAGUGUUUAUCCUAAAAUAGUACUUACCGGGAGAAUUGUGCUCGUUACAAUGCAAAUAGGGCAACCAAAGACAUUACGACAUGUUUGUACAAGAUGGCUUGCAAGCAGUAUAAAUUGAAUAAAGUGCUAUAGUUUUUGUGUUUUUCA